GUUUAGAUAUGUCACAAAACAACAAGAUAGAAAUAAAACGAAGGUUCCAUUUACUGUUUAUACUAACUUGUGGAUUGUAAAUGGAUACAGUGAUGGCUGAUGCAGACAUAGAAAGUUCAGAUAAUGAAACAUCAACUGUUGAAAAACAAGGUUUAUUAGAUCAUGGUAGUGGUGUUACGGUUUAUCCCCAACGAUGGUUUAUGUUGUUCUUGUUUUCAAUGACAACCAUGGCUAAUGCUGCCUUUUUCAUAGGUUUAAGUCCUGUCAGUAACAUUGUGGCCCCUUAUUACAGUGCAAGUGACGUAGCUAUAGAAUGGCUAUCUAAUAUGUUUACUUUCAUUUACAUAUUUGUUUCAUUGCCAGCUGCUUUUUUAAUGGAAAAAUAUGGUGUUCGCUCAAUUUUAGUUGUGGCAUCUGGUUUAAAUGUAAUUUCAACUGCACUACGACUUAGUGGAUUUGACAGAAGUGGCUUUUUCUUUGUUUUUGGUGGUCAGAUUGCUGCAGCUAUAGCGUAUGGUGCUAUUUUACAAAUACCUGCCAAAUUAUCUGUCACUUGGUUUCCAGAAAAUGAACGAGCUACUGCCACAUCCAUUUCUGUAUUUAUGAAUAUUUUUGGCGUGGCUGUUGGAUUCUUACAAACGACCCUUACAGUUCCUGCAACAUCAGACCAGAACAUCUCAGAUGGAUUGAAAUUGUUGUUUUUGUCACAACUUGUAUUUUGUCUUCUAAUCUUUUGUUUGACAUUUUGCUUCUACAAGGAAAGGCCACUAACAUUACCAUCAAAUACAAAUCCAAGCAAUGUACAGCUGUAUUUUUCUCAUUCAUUACUAGUCCUGCUCAAGGACAAGAACUUUAAUUUAUUGGGUCAGUCAUAUGCAUUAUAUUGUGCCUUGUUUCUCACUAUUUCCGUACUGUUAAACCCACUACUUACAACAAAAUUUCCAUCUGGUUAUGAGUCUAGGAUUGGUUGGAUGGGGUUUACUUUCAAUAUGAUAGCCAUAUUAGGUUGUUUUGUGUUUGGAUUGCUGUUAGAUCGAUAUCAUUGUUAUCAAAAAGUAGCCAUUUUUCUAAAUGCUUCAUCAUGUGUAGUGUGGCUUAUUUUUAUACUGGUAUCUAGAAACACAAACAACUUUUCAUUGUUGUAUUUGUUGAUAGCAUUACUUGGCAUUGUAAACGUACCGUUUUUUUCCACUGGCUUGGAGCAAGCAGCUGAAAUGACAUAUCCCGUUUCUGAGGGGAUAUCAAGUGCUGUAUUAUUAACUGUAGCUAAUGUUUAUGCUUGUGUCCUUAUAUUAGUCACAGGGAUUUUAAUUCAAAAAGGACAUCUUGGCAUUGUUCAAUUUGGCAUACUCUCUAUUUACAUAUGCUCGACCUUGUACUCUUGCUUUUCAAAAACAAGGUUGAAGCGAAAACUUGCAGAGGAAAACGCUGAGGCAGAUAAAGGCUGAAAUCAUGUAAUGUGAGUACACAGACUUGCUUGGUUUCUGUAUAAAACACUGAAACGGCAAAGCGUUUAUGGAUACAUAUGUAACUGAUUUUGUAUCAUUGAAGAUUUGGAUAUUAUUUGCGUUUUCUAAUAAUUUCUUAUAGUUAUUAUAAUUAUUAUAGUUAUUAAAUGUUUUUCUUAUUUUCUUAUAUUAACUUAAAGCUCUGCCUAACAAUAAAUCGUCUUCCAAUAUGUCCAUUAUUGUUUACUGAGAAUGUUUCUUCAACCAAACACACCAAAUAUGUUACAUCAUUUCAGGCUAUUUCAGGUUAUGUAAUAAUAUGAAAUAAAAAAUCACAUGCAAAAAUUAACUUAUUUGACAUUAUUUCACAGUCGAAACCAAGCUUAACUAGGAUUUUUAAAUAAUUAAAAAAGCAAUAUGGAACCUUAAAUAAGUGAUUCCUACCAUAGUUUUUGAACCAAACAAUUGUCUAGUAAAAUUUACUGGCUUUAAUUAUUUAAUGUCAUGUUUUCAUUAUUUAGGCAAACUUUUAGUUUCUCCUUUUUGUAGUUUAUGGAUGUAACAAAAGUGCUAUACAAAAACUUUUUAUGUUUUAUUUUUGAUGGGAUCUGUUUUUUUUAUAUAUAUUUUAUAUUGGUCGUGUUCAUUAUAUAAUAUGGUAAUUUAGUGAAUCUGUCUGUGUCAAGUUAGGGCGAUUUAUUUUACAAUUUUUAACAACAAUGGCUUUAAAACAUGCUUCAAAAAAUAUCUUUGAAAGAAGCAAGAACUCGAUUUUUUAUGAAAAAGUCAACGUGGAUUACCUUUUGUUGUUGAUUUCUUUGGUCUUUUUUAUUUCAUUUUAUUUUCACAUGUUAAUAAUUGUUUACAUUUAUGGUCACAGGUUGUGUCUUACGGAAAAUUUAAUUGUUGUAUCUUUCAUUUGGAAGAAUUGAAGUAGAUACAACUUUUGUGCAGUGUAUUGUUUUGGUUUUGCAUUCAGAACAAUAGAGAUGCACACUUAUUUUAUAAGGUGGAAAAUGCAAACAACAGACCACAGAAGUAUAAUAAAUCUUUUUACAAAAUGAAAGAAAAUGUUUAAAUUAGGAAAUUUCAAUAAUAGUUAUUUUACCACAUGGUUUUGCUUUUUCACCUAAAAGAAUGUAUGCACAUGUUUAAAAUCCACAAAAAACGUCUGUAAAGUCAUCUAUUUAUUACUUUUUUAAUCUGUAACUAUGGUUACUGUUAAACUUUGUAUAUAUUAAGACAAAAUUUGUACAUCAUUGAUUGCUUAAAAAUGGGUGUGUGAACACCCGAAAUGUCGCAAAUAAUGUAGUUUUUCCUAUCAAUUUACUAUCACUGCGAACAAAAUUCAUUUUGCAAAUUUAUUUGGUUGGGUUAUCUUAACUACUUUUGGUAAUCUGACAUUUUUAUUCUACAUUUACUAUUUUAGUUUUUCUUAAUACUAAUUAGUCAUUUUUUUACUGAGUUUUUUUACUUUUUUUACUGUAUUUUCUUUACUGACAUUUUUUUGUAACUUAUAUUUUUAUAGAAAAACCUGUUAUCGCUUCUA